AUGCAAUCUCUGGCCAAUUCGGCGAGGUCACAUCCCCCGGGAUCUUUGCGCCUCAAGCCGGUCGAGUCUGACAAGGAAAUCGUGUUUACUGCAAUUGUCCGUCCCAAACCAGGAGGCUCAAGAUUACCUGACCUAGCGAACUGGCAGGCAAUUCCGAUUGCUGAGCGCACCUUUCUGUCUUCUGCUGAGUAUGAGGAGUCCUACGGCUGCUCUAGGGAUGAUGUAUUAUCUGUGUCCUCCUUCUUCGAAGAGCAGGGCAUGACCGUCCGCAGCAGCCAUGUAGGUGCAGGAACCGUGGAAGUACAAGCAAAUGCGCCCCAAAUCCAACAUUUAUUCAGUGUGCGGCUACAUUACUAUGAAGGCCAUUUCCGACCCGCAGCUCGUAAGCGACGCGAUGGCAACGAAGCUCAAGAGGAAACUUAUAUCGGUUUCGAAGGCGCCUUAUCCCUCCCAGUUGCGCUACAUGAAAAAGUCGUCCAAAUUUUCGGGCUUGACACUCGCACAUUUGGAGCAUCCGGUGGGUUUUCCGGUGAUCCCCCAAAUUCGAAACGACUGAUGGUGGCGGAACUGGCGGCUCUGUAUAAAUUCCCAGCCGGGGUGGACGCUGGGGAUCAAACCAUUGCAGUCUUCAGCGGUGAGGGGAAUGACAAGAACGGAAAAUCUCUGAGCAAUUACAGUCCCUCCGAUGUCGAGGCGUAUUUUAACUACCAGACAAUUGGCUACAACUCCGCACCCACGGUUGUCCCUAUCUCGCUUGAUGUUGGCCCCAACACGUACACAAACGAUCCGAGUAACCCGACCCAGGAGCUCUCGCAGGAUAUUAUGACAGUCGCUACCAUCGCGCAAGGGUGUACCGUCAAUGUCUACUUCAGUGACCUUACCGAGCAAGGCUGGUUGGUAUUCCUGACCCGCGUGCUGUUUCCCAGAACAGGUGAAAAGCGCCCCAACAUCGUCUCCAUGAGCUGGACAAUGUACGAUGAACAAACAUAUCGAGAUUCACUAUCCUUCCUCUUUCAGCGACUAGCUGUAGUCGGCACCACGGUAUUUGGCAUUUCCGGCGACUGGGGGGCCAACAAUAAUGUGAUUGAUGGCCAGCCACAUGUCGGGUGGCCUGGAAGUGACCCAUGGGUGACCUGCGUAGGUGGCACAGUGGUGGGAGAAGUACGAUCAUCUGGUCACUUUACAGAACAUGCAUGGAGUGAUCGAGACAACGCAAACAGCCAGUUUACCAUUGAUGGCCAUCUAGGCGUCACUGGAGGCGGUAUGAGCCGGGUAUUUGCAACCCCUCCAUAUCAGCUCGCCGCUGGGAUUCGUGCAGUGACAGACUCGGAUUCCAAACGCCUGAGCGGGGGGAGAUUUAUUCCCGACAUUACAGGCAUGGUUGGGUUCCGAGGAUUCAUCAUCGAUGGGAAACGGAACUAUUUCAUUGGGACCAGCUGUAGCACGCCGCUCUACGCAGGGCUCUUUGCUGCGUUAUCGAGUGUCUUGAAAGUCUCAUUCGGUCCUUUGAACACCAUCUUGUACCAUCUCGACGGGGAUUUAUACAGGGAUGUUACCUUUGGCCACAACGAUUCUGGUGAUACUCCGGAUUGCUCUUACUUUAUCGCCAGCCAAGGAUACGAUGCAGUGAGUGGACUUGGGAGUAUUGAUGGCCUCAAGAUACUUGAAGAAUUUCGGAAGAUAUAUCAUUCCAAAUCCAGGGGCUUUGGUCGUUUUCCGAACUAG